AUGGCUUCGACCUCCACUACUACAACGGCCACAGAGCCGAUCACGGCCGAGACCAUCCUCCGACUCUUCCCCGACAUCGACACCAACAAUGAGGCACUCGACGGCCACGACGAAGAGCAGAUCCGUCUCAUGGACGAGGUCUGCAUUGUUCUGGACAACAACGAUCUUCCCAUCGGCAAGGCAAGCAAGAAGAUCUGCCACCUAAUGACCAACAUUGAGAAGGGUCUCCUCCACAGAGCCUUUUCCGUCUUCCUCUUCAACGACAAGAACGAGCUGCUGCUGCAGCAGCGGGCGACCGAGAAGAUCACCUUCCCCGAUCUCUGGACCAACACUUGCUGCUCGCACCCUCUCGGUGUGCCCAGCGAGACCGGCUCGAACCUGCCAGACUCGAUCAUGGGUGUCAAGAGAGCUGCGCAGCGCAAGUUGGAGCACGAGCUGGGCAUAAAACCGGAACAGGUGCCUAUCGACGACUUCCGUUUCCUCACUCGCAUCCACUACAAGGCGCCGAGCAACGGCCAGUGGGGUGAACACGAAAUCGAUUACAUCCUCUUCAUCAAGGCCAAUGUCGACCUUGAUGUGAACCCGAAUGAGGUCCGGGAUACCAAAUACGUCUCGCCCGAUCAGCUCAAGCAGCUGUUCACGGAUCCCUCGUACAAGUUUACGCCUUGGUUCAAACUCAUCUGCGAUUCCAUGCUGUUCGAGUGGUGGAAGCACCUUGAUUCCGGCCUGGAGAAGUUUAUGAACGAGCAAGAGAUCCGCCGCAUGUAA